CCCCGGAUCGCCCCCUUGCGCUGCCGGACUCCCGGACCUCCUCGCCAUGGCAGCCGCCGCGCUCAAGGCCCAGCUCAACGCCCUCCUCGACUCCAUGUUCGCCACGGGCAUUGUGGACGAAGGUUUCCAGCACCUGCGGUCGGUGGAGCAGGAGGGCUUCCUCGCCCAGGUCAUCAACAUCUUCCUCCACGACGCCGACAACAUCCUCCACGAAAUCGCCCGCCUGCUGAACCUGCCCGUGGUGAACUUCGGCAGGGUGGGCGCACUGGUGCAUGAGCUCAAGGGGUGCAGCGGCAGUGUUGUUGCUAAGAAAGUGAAUCUCUCCUACACCCACUUCCGUCAGUUUUAUGAGGCAGAAAGUAAAGAAGGGUGCCUCAUGGCAUUGGACCUUGUUAGGAAUGAGUUUUAUGAAGUGUUCAACAAGCUACAGACAAUGAUGCAGCUGGAGCAGCAGAUCGCGGCCAUGGGUCCUCAGUAGUAGCAAUGGAAGCAAAAAAGAUAAUUGCCCUAUGUGAUUCCUGGCAUGUAGACACGGUGUUCAAGGAGUGUCUGGGUUUGGAGGGUGUGCUCAUAACCCUGUUCAAGAAACUUGCAUGUCAUGUGUGUCUGUCAACUAUAUGUACUUGCAUGUCAUGAUAUAAUUCCAGGUGCCAAAUGUGUGUCCGCAGGCUGUGUGUAAACUCUAUGCUUUGUUUGGUUGGUUGGUGAAGUGAUAUAAUUUUGUUGUUUUA